UUUAUCCAUUCGCCUUGUCGGACCCUCACGAAGAUGGCGACCGUUCUUCGGAGGCUGUCCUCACCCUUGACGCAGCUGAAAAACGCGUCGAAGCUGAGCCGUUCCCUGCCCAACCUGCAGUCGGCCCGCGGCAAGGUGUGCUCCAGCUCCGGCGCCCUGUGUCCCGAACCGGAGACGAAUAACCUGGGCGUCGUCAAGGCCAUCCUGGCCGUGCUGCCGGGCCUGUACGUGGGGGCCACCAUCAGCAGGCAGGGGGCUGCCUUCCUCGAAGAGAACGACAUCUUCGUGCCGGACGAAGACGACGACGACGGAUAGGCGAGGCGCCAAUCGGCUGUAGUUCCCCUCAUUAGCGCCCGGCUGUUGGUUACCCCUCAAGCUGGCUCACUACGGACUCUCGGCGAGACGCGGCGGCACGCUGCAAUAAAUCGUACGAAUGCGUAGCUGCCAAA